AUGAUGCUCGAGACCUACCGUUCCCCGCUGCGCCUUUUACCUGGCCCUCCUUCAGACUCCAUCUUUCUUGGUAACAUUUUGACGUUUACCGGUGAUGAUCCACAAGAAGCAUUCUAUGGAUGGCAGCAAACGUAUGGACACGUAUUCGCAUUCACGGCCUUUCUGGGGGUCAGUAGCUUUCCUUCCCACCAUGGCUGUACUUUGUAUAUACCGUUCAUCCACACCAUAUCUAGUCUCGAAGAGCCUGAAGCUGCGCGGUAUCAGUUAUCAGAGCUUCUUGGUGAUGGGUUCAACUACGACUUCAACACACUUCAAGUAGGUGAAGAAGGAAACGAGCUCGCCGCUGCCUUUCACGCAGUCACCUCGCCCAAGAAAACCCCUCUAUUGUUCAUCCUCAAAGGAUUUUUCCCGUUCCUCAGACCCUUUGCAUUCGAUGAACAGUCUCGGAAUAACCAGAAAGCUCGAAGAAUUAUGCGAGAUAUUGGGGUCAAAUUAAUCGCCGAGAAAGGAAGAGAGCCCCUCGAGGAUAGAAAAAAUUCGCAACAUAUUGGCGCAGGUAAGAAAUGCCGGGAUAAGCUAUCUGAAGAGCAACUGCUAGAUCAAAUCCCUACAUUCCUCGCGGCUGGACACGAGACUACUGCUACUGGACUUGCUUGGUGUUUGUUCAGUUUGGGUCAAGAUAUGACGGUCCAAGGGCGCCUCAGGGAAGAGCUGCUGCAGGCCUUCCCUGACGACUCGACCCCAAUUACGAUGGAAGCGCUCAACUCUCUUCCAUAUUUAGAUGCAGUAGUUCGCGAGACAUUGAGGCUCAAUCCGCCUCUAGAUGGCUCUAUACGAGUCGCGAUGCAGGAUGAUAUUGUCCCUCUCGAGAAACCAUUUGUGCAAGCAGAUGGAAAAGAAGUCGACCAUCUCCGGUACUUGUCCACUAUACCCGAAUCAAGCGCCCUUCUGACGUUCUAUAGAGUAAAGAAAGGAGACCAUUGGAUUAUUCCUAUCCUAAACAUCAACCGUUCAAAGGAGAUUUGGGGAGAUGACUGUCUAAAAUUCAAUCCUGAUCGUUGGUUGCAUGAACUUCCACCCGCCGCUGCACCCAUACCGGCCCUCUGGUCAAACAUCAUGACCUUCCUUGGUGGUCCGCGCGCCUGUAUUGGAUACCGUUUUGCUAUCCUAGAACGUAGGAUGAAAGCCAUCCUUCAAUACCUUAUACGCGCCUUUGAAUUUGAGUUGCCAGUGGAUCCACAUGAGAUCACUCACAAGUCCAUACCCAGACAAAGGAUCUCAGCUUCCAAUGAUCAUGCGACCUGUAUCUGCCUAAGGGCAAUUGAGUGCCUCGUUCACUGCGAACUUUCGGAGAUAAGCAAACAAAAUCAAAAAUUGUGCCGAUGGUCAUCAACCUGCCAGUCAGAGGUGGCUGGUGGACCCUGA